GACAUACACGUUGCGCUUGUCAGUUCUAUAAGUAGUUCAUUUAAAUAUAAAAGUAGUGCAGAUAACAUUGUGUUACGUGGUAAAUCAGAAAAUUUAUAAAAUGGAUCCAGAAAGGAAUGUUAAACGUUUACGAAAACUCUUUGGCGUUUCGCGCAACAUGUUAAAGCGUGCUGCCCGGAGACCUAGUGUAAGUGACCAAGAACGUGAAGACCAACAAAGAAGACGAUAUCAGUUACUUCGAGAAAUGAGGCAACAACGGAUUUCAAGCCUGGGCCCAAACCAGCGGUAUGUUUUAGAAAUUUGUGCAGAUUUGUUGGGUAUAGAUCCUGAGGAAAUAGUAACUGGUAUUGUGGAUGAAAGCAAGUAUGUUGAGAAUGUAAAUGGUAUAUUUGAGGAAAAAGGUCCCAUGGCCAUAAUGAUAAGUAACGCAACAAUGUUAGGAUAUCCAACUGAUUCCGGUCGCUACCAGGAAAAGCUUAAAUACACUGAAAUUCAACGCUCUGUAUGUUUGAGGUCGGAUCUAGUUGAUUUGAUUGGAAAGUGGACUGUUGUAUAUCGACUUAACAACGAAAAAUCGAUUGAUAACCGUUCGGUUAGUGAUGAGGUGGCAAUAUUUAUGAUAUCAGCUGAAGAGCGAAACUCUUGCUUAAAUGUUGUUAAAACAUUUAUGGAUCACGUUUUAAAGCCGUCAAUAGAAGCUGUGACCGAAUUUGGAUUGGCAGAAAAAGAGCAAACUCAAAAGUUUUUUCAUAUUCUUAAUAUGUACAACACGUUUCUAAAAUCAUCUGAAGCAACUGUUUCUUCUCGAGUGAACUUUGAUAUAUCGCAUGAACUAUUUAAAGGAUUAUUACUUGUGAGAUGGCAAAUUGAAGCCAGUUCAAAAAUACUUACACGAGUUCGACUGGUUGAACGUUAUUUUGAGCAAUGGCUUCGACAAAUUCAAGGUAUACUAGUAGAGGGAAAACAAAUACAAAGAGAUACACCCGAUGUAGGACCUUUGCAAAUGUUGGUCAAUUGGCGGCGUAUGUUGGCCAGAUAUACAACCAUAACGGAGUUUGUUACAUCCCGAGCAUUUAAUAACCACAAGGAUUGCUUGACAUUAUCUCGAUCUUCGAAACUUUUAAACCGCUGGGCUGAAAUCGAUAAUCAAGUUACAUUAGCACUAAAUGAAGCUAAGGAUAAUGUCCGUUAUAUAUCCUCUCUACAAAAGUUUUGGGAUCCCUUAUACCGUUCUUCUCCUAAUGUUAUUAUAAGCAGUUUACCUGGACUUAUGGUGGCAAUUCGAAAUGUUUCUAAAACAGCUCAUUAUUUUAAUACCCCUGUCAACGUUACAGGUCUUAUGGUUAAAAUUUCUAAUCAACUUACCAUCACAAGUAAGAAUUAUAUCACCGAUAACGAACACAGUAAAGUUAUGGAAAACUAUAAAAAUAUUUAUAUACAUACAGUUGAUGAGAUGAAAAACAGUAACGAGCGCCCUUGGACUGUGUCAUCUGUUUAUAUCUUAACCUGCUUACAAAAAUUUCUACAGCGUCUCGAAAAAGUUAAGUGGAUUGCAAAUACGGAUAUAACUUACUCCAUCUUAGAUCGCAUAAUGAUAAGCGGAAUGGAGAGAUUUAAUGCUAUGAUAAAAGGAGCUCGAAUGACUAUAAGUAGUCAGCUUUAUGAUCCUUUAAACUACAGAAUAGAAACUUUUGAUUUAGAUUUUGAAAAAUUUGUUAAUGAAGUUGAAGAGGCUGAGGUCGGUAUGCAACAGUUUGUCAAAUUGCUUUCCACUGAAUGUCCUUCUGCUGCAUCUGUCAUGUUAGUAUUAAAGCGGUUCGAAGCUUUAAGUUUGGAAUGUCUCUGCUUAGAUAGACGAUAUUUAGAAGUUGCUGAGAUGUUGGAGAGGGAAAUGUUCUUGUUAAAAGACGUUUACAACGAGGAAAGAGGGAACCCGUUUAUUCCUCGAAAUCUUCCCCCUGUUGCAGGACGGAUAAUAUGGAUUCGCUCUAUUUUUAAAAAGAUUGAUUUACCAAUGCAGGCAUUAAAGUUACGACAAUGUGUUCUUGCUCAUAAAAAGGCCCAACGAACAGUUAGAUACUAUAACUACAUGAAUGGAAUAAUUUGUCACUAUGAAAUGGCCUAUCAUAAGGCUUGGUUUGACUAUGUUGAAGAAGUUCGAUGCCUGUUGAACGCACCCAUUAUGACAAUUAAUAAAGAAGAGGCGAUAUAUAUUGUAAACAUAGAUCGUGCAAUUUUGCAACUAAUCUCUGAAACUGAGUGGAUGUGGAAACUUAAUCUAGAGGUUCCUAACAUGGCUGCAACCAUAACAUAUUGCAAAGAUCGUUUAUUAGGCCCAGCAACAACAUUAAAGCUUAUGUUGCAACGAUAUGACCGAUUACGUACUUCUCUUACACCGGUUUUUAUAAAUAUUAUGAGAUUUCGCUUGCAAGAAAUUUCAAUUUUGUUGAAACCAUCAUUAUCUACAGUCACCUGGAUAUCUGAAAACCUAGAGGAUUACGUGGAAAAAGUGUGCAUGAAAAUAAAAGAAGUGGAAACAUUUUUUAACCUGAUAUUGGACAUAGAAGAUCUACGAAUACUUCAAGAAAUGUACAGUAUAUCGGAUUAUCUAUAUAUUUAUGUGCCCGAAGAGCCAGUCUCUUCUUAUGAAUUUGUUGAAGAAAGCAACAAGCUGCGAUCUGAAAUAGAACGCAUACUAGAAAAGAAGUCUGUUUGUAUGGAACGAGCGGUUGUUGAUAUAAUAAACAUGUUUAUUGACUUGCUUGAUUUUGAGCAAACGGAUUCAAAAGGACGACGCGUGUUUCAACUUCCUCCAGAAAAGCUUAAUGACACUAACUGGCGGACUGAAGGUUUUUUACCUAUCGACAAGUGGGACUUUAUACAAUUUCAUAAAAUAUAUCGAACAAUUUAUCUUGCUCCUGAAGACGUUUUAAGGACUCUACAAUUUCGUAAUUAUGAAAACAUACGGUAUGAACUUUACCAUUUAAGAAAUGACUGUAUGGAUUUGUUUUCAUAUUAUAAUUCAAAAAUAAUAUUAGCACUGGUAGCUGGAUCUAAGAGGUCAUUGGAUUUUGUUCGACAAAAUAUACUCAGAACUAAUUGGCGAACUAAUCCAAUGAAGCCCAUACUCCAUACUGACUUGGAAAUAGAUUUUUAUAACGGGUGUUACAUUCAGCCAAAUUUAGAAAUAAUGCAAAAUGAUUUUAAUAAUGCCGUUCUAUGCUGCACAGAAAUCAACUACUUUGUAUCCACUUGGGGUAAGCAAGCAAAAACCCAGGAACGAAGAGAUAGGCGUGUUACUGUCGAUGAAAAUAAAUAUGAGAGAAGUUAUUUUCGAUAUGUGAUGGAGCAUAAGGAUGUUAUUCGGGCCGUUCAAAACUUGGCCAAUGGACUUUUAAGCUAUAAGUCUGACAUGGAAGAAUUUCAGCGUGAUAUGUUUGAAAAAUAUAAGUACCUAUGGGCUGAAGAUCGUGAGGACAUUAUUAAUUCCUUUGUUUUAACCAAUCCUUUAACAGUAGAUAUUCGAGAUAUGUUUUUACAUUAUGAUAAUAUAUCGUUGAAAAUUGAGACUAUGAGCGCAAAACGAAUUAUUGGCCCUAUUGAGGUGCGAAUGGGAAGUACAAUUGAGAAACUUGUAUCAGAAUCAAAAAAAUGGAAAGUUCUUCUUGGACACUUAUUGAGCGUACAGUACAAAAAGCAAUUAGAUGAAAUGAUUGAAUUUAUAACAGAACAAAAUAAUAUACUUGACAAACCAAUAAAUGAUUUGGAUGAUGUUCGCCAGGCAAUGGUAGUUUUAGAGAAAGUUCGAGAUAAUUACAUAGAGAUGGACGUAAGCCUUCAGUUAAUAACAGAUACCUAUUCUCUUUUUUCACAAUUUUAUAUUUAUGUACCUCAAGAAGACUACGACAAAGUUGAAGGAUUGCAAGUUUUGUUUAAUAAAAUGCUGGAAAAUGCGAAAAAAGUAUCUGAUCGUAUAUCGGAAAUGGAGGAACCGCUUUUAAGGGAGCUUAAUGAUGGUAUAGCAACAUUUGUUCAGGAGUUUUAUGAUUUCAAUCUCGAUUUUGAUUUAAACGGCCCAAUGGUGGAAGGAAUUUCAGCUAAGGAAGCAAGUGAUAGAGUGUUUCUUUUUCAAAACCGGUUUGAUGAGCUUUGGAGAAAAUUUGAAAUGUAUAGCAGCGGGGAAAAGCUCUUUGGGUUACCAAUAACGGACUAUCCAUUAUUACAUCAGCGUAAACGGGAGUUCAAUUAUCUCAACCGACUAUACUCUUUAUAUAUUCAAGUUUUAAAAACUAUAACAGAUUACUACGAAAUGCCUUGGGCUGAUGUAAAUAUCGAAAAAAUAAGUGCUGAAUUAUCAGACUUUCAGUUGAGAUGCCGAAAACUCCCUAAGGGCAUGCAAUCGUGGCCAGCGUUUAUAGAUCUAAAGACAAAAAUAGAUGAUUUCAAUGAAACUUGUCCUUUACUUGAGCUUAUGACAAAUAAGGCAAUGAAGGAAAGGCAUUGGAUUCGUUUAAACGCUCUAUUUAAUACUGACUUUGAUCCCACAAAUCCAAAAUUUACUUUAGGAAAAUUACUUGAAGCUCCUAUUCUAAAGUAUAAAGAAGACGUGGAAGACAUAUGCGUCGGUGCAAGUAAGGAAUUAGAUAUAGAAGCUAAGCUUAAACAGAUCGUAUCAGAUUGGUCUUUGGUAAGUUUACAAUUGGGUCAAUUUAAAAACAGAGGCGAUCUUGUUCUAAAGGGAGGAGAAACCUUAGAGAUAAUAUCGUCACUGGAAGACAGCUUAAUGAUAAUGAAUUCUUUAGCCUCAAAUCGGUACAAUGCUCCGUUUAAGAAAGACAUUCAACUAUGGUUGUCGAAACUGGUAAAUACUGGAGACAUACUGGAAAAAUGGCUAAUGGUUCAAAAUCUAUGGAUUUAUUUAGAAGCGGUAUUUGUAGGUGGAGAUAUUUCAAAGCAACUUCCAAUGGAGGCAAAACGAUUUACAAACAUUGAUAAAAGCUAUGUUAAAAUAAUGAUGCGCGCACGUGAAAUACCAAACGCAGUUGAUUGUUGUACUGGGGACGAGUCCCUAGCAACAAAUUUAACAUGGCUGUUAGAUCAACUUGAAACGUGCCAAAAAAGCUUAACCGGUUAUUUAGAAUCAAAGCGUUUAGUUUUUCCACGCUUUUUCUUUGUUUCUGAUCCAGUUCUGUUAGAAAUACUUGGUCAAGCCUCGGAUCCUACAUCAAUACAGCCACACCUUUUAAGUAUAUUUGAUGCCAUUGCAACUGUUGACUUUCAGGAAAAAUCCAUUGACAUCAUUGAAUCUAUGAAUUCAAUGAAUCGGGAAAAAGUUAAGUUUGAAAAUACAGUUCAGUGCUUAGGAAGCGUUGAACUCUGGUUAGGUCGAUUAUUAAAGGAAAUGCAAGACACAAUUCGAACUAUUCUUGCUCAGAUGUCUGUAAGCUUAAAUGAUCCAGAGUUUAAUUUUGCUGAAGAGUUUCCGAGUUUUUGUGGCCAAGCCGGUGUAGUUGGAGUACAACUUCUGUGGACAAAAGACUCUGAAUAUGCUUUACGAAAAUGCCGUACUGAUAAGACUAUUAUGAAGCGCACAAAUAACAAAUUCUUGGUUCUUCUUAAUUUUUUUAUUGACUUGACAGUAAAAGAUCUGACAUCUCUUGAUCGAAUACGCUUUGAGACAAUGGUAACGAUACACGUACAUCAGCGAGACAUUUUUGAUGAUUUGUGUACUCUUCGUAUAAAGUCAGCUGGAGACUUUGAGUGGCAAAAGCAGGCCCGAUUUUAUUAUAAUGAAGACAAUGACGAUGUCAUAGUUGGGAUAACUGAUGUUAAUUUUGUAUACCAAAAUGAAUAUUUGGGGGUAACAGAGCGAUUGGCCAUAACUCCGCUUACAGAUCGCUGCUAUAUAACCCUCGCACAGGCUGUUGGAAUGUGUAUGGGAGGUGCUCCUGCUGGUCCUGCAGGAACAGGCAAAACUGAAACUACAAAAGAUAUGGGUCGGGCCUUAGGAAAAUUGGUAGUAGUUUUCAAUUGCUCUGACCAAAUGGAUUUUCGUGGUUUGGGUCGUAUAUACAAGGGACUGGCCCAAUCCGGAUCAUGGGGAUGCUUUGACGAAUUUAAUCGCAUUGAGCUACCAGUACUGUCUGUGGCUGCUCAACAAAUAUACAUUGUUUUAACAGCAAGGAAGGAAAAACGGUCCACAUUCAUAUUUUUAGAUGGAGAUAUUGUUUCUCUUAAUCCGGAAUUCGGAAUUUUUAUUACUAUGAAUCCCGGCUAUGCCGGCCGCCAGGAGCUACCAGAAAAUCUAAAAAUCAUGUUUCGCACUGUAGCCAUGAUGGUACCAGAUCGACAGAUUAUUAUAAGGGUUAAAAUGGCAAGUUGCGGGUUUAAAGAAAAUGUGGUUUUAUCAAGAAAAAUGUAUACUUUGUACAAAUUGUGUGAGGAACAAUUGUCAAAGCAAGUUCAUUAUGAUUUUGGGUUACGCAAUAUAUUGUCAGUUCUUCGUACUCUUGGUUCACAAAAACGAUCAAACCCCAACGAUACUGAAGAAACAAUAGUAAUGCGAGUCCUAAGAGAUAUGAAUGUAUCAAAGCUAAUUGACGAAGACGAAGGUCUAUUUGUGUCAUUGGUAGAUGAUAUGUUUCCGGGAAUAAAAUUAACUACGAAUGUAUACAAGGACCUGCAAAAGGCGAUUAUCAAAGUAUGCGACGAAUUAGGUUAUGUAAAUAACCCUGAAUGGAACUUAAAAGUUGUGCAGCUUUAUGAAACUUCUCUUGUUCGACAUGGUCUUAUGCUAAUGGGACCCACUGGUUCUGGAAAAACUAGUUGUACUGUGUGUAUGCUUCGAUGUUUUACUGAAAUGGGGAGAACACAUAAAGAAAUGCGAAUGAAUCCAAAAGCUAUAACGGCACCACAAAUGUUUGGUCGAUUAGAUGUAGCAACAAACGAUUGGACUGAUGGAAUUUUCUCCACACUUUGGCGUCGUUCACUUAAGGUUCCACAACAUCAAAAUUGUUGGAUAGUACUCGAUGGCCCGGUUGAUGCUGUUUGGAUUGAGAAUUUAAAUUCAGUACUUGAUGAUAACAAGACCCUUACCCUAGCUAAUGGAGACCGCAUAAAAAUGGCAGACAAUUCCAAAUUGGUUUUCGAACCUGACAAUGUUGAUAACGCGUCUCCAGCAACAGUUAGUCGCGUCGGUAUGGUUUUUACUAGCUCAUCUGUGCUGAGUUGGAAGAUUUAUAUGGAAGCUUGGCUGCUGAAACAAGGUGAAGACAGUGAAGUCUUCCGAAGAUGUUACGAUGUACUUUAUGAUGAUGCUCAUGUCUUUUUACAAUCAAGACUUUUAGCAAAGAUGCGAAUUCUUGAAGCUAUUUACAUUCGUCAAAUGCUGGAUAUAAUGGAUGGACUUUUAUUAGACCUUCCCUUACGGACUGAAAAAGCUUUAGAGCGCAUAUUUUUAUUCUCCCUUAUGUGGUCAUUAGGUGCAGUUCUUGAACUAAGUGAGCGGGAGAAAUUGGAGGAGUUUCUAUUGAAACACGUUUCUAAGCUUCGAUGGCCAAAACGUGGAGUCAAUGAGACAAUUUUUGAGUACUAUGUGGAUGAUAACGGAAACUGGCAACACUGGAGCACACGCGUUGAAGAAUUUCGAUAUCCAGAAGAUGAAAUUCCAGAGUUUUCAUCUAUUUUAGUUCCGAAUGUAGAUAAUGUGCGCACUGCUUUCCUUUUACAUAAUAUUGCUAAGCAGCUCAAGCAAGUUCUUUUAAUUGGUGAGCAGGGUACUGCUAAGACAGUGAUGAUAAAGGCCUAUAUGGGUCAUUACGAUCCCGAAGUUCACAUUUUUAAAUCCUUUAAUUUUUCAUCCGCUACCACGCCUAACAUGUACCAGAGAAUAAUUGAGUCUUAUGUUGAGAAGAGGCAAGGAACAACCUAUGGACCCCCAAAUCAGCGGGCUAUGACAAUAUUUAUUGAUGACAUUAACAUGCCCGUCAUAAACGAAUGGGGAGAUCAAAUUACAAACGAAAUUGUGAGGCAGAUGAUUGAACAGCGUGGGUUUUAUUCCUUGGAGCGGCCAGGCGAUUUUUCGACAAUAAUGGACAUUCAAAUGCUUUCUGCUAUGAUACAUCCAGGGGGAGGCAGAAAUGAUAUCCCAAACCGAUUAAAGCGUCAUUUAUGCAUUUUUAAUUGUACAUUACCUAGCAAUAAUUCCAUGGAUCAAAUAUUUAAAAGUAUUGGCGCCGGAUAUUUUAGCCCUGAUAGGUUAGGAGAUGAGGUAGUUGAAGUCAUACCACUUCUAGUACCAUUAACUAGGAUCUUCUGGCAAAAUGUCAAGGCAAAAAUGUUACCCACUCCAGCCAAUUUUCAUUAUGUGUUUAAUCUGCGAGAUCUUUCCCGAAUCUGGGAAGGUAUUCUCAAAGUCAAACACGAAGAGUGCAAAUCGGUGGAUCAAAUUUUAAAGCUUUGGUGCCAUGAGUGUACGAGAGUUAUAUCAGAUCGUUUCACAGCUGAAAAGGAUAAAAUUUGGUUUUCAAGUAAAAUGAUAUCUGAUGCUGAAUUAAAUAUAAAGGAAUUCAUGGAAUUCUACCCAGAAGAGCCCACUUACUGGGUUGACUUUUUGAGAGAUGCACCAGAAGGUCAAGAAGAAGAGGACGAAGAAAUGUCUUUUGAGCCCCCUAAAAUAUAUGAAGAAAUUCCAAGUUUUGAUUUUGUAAGGUCAAAAGUAUUGGUAUUCAUGUCUCAGUUUAAUGAAUAUAUACGAGGAUAUAAUAUGGAUCUCGUUUUCUUUAUGGAUGCAUUAAAACACCUUAUGAUUGUUUCCAGAAUAAUAAGUAAUCCAAGAGGAAACGCUUUACUUGUUGGUGUUGGAGGGUCCGGAAAACAAAGCUUGACAAGACUAUCAUCUUUUAUAGCUGGCUAUAAAUUUUUUCAAAUGACUUUAACUCGGUCCUAUAACACUGGAAAUCUAACCGAAGACUUAAAAUUUUUGUAUCGAACGGCCGGCCUUGAUGGAAAUGGCAUGACUUUUAUUUUCACUGCCAAUGAAAUUAAAGAAGAAUCAUUUUUAGAAUUUAUCAAUAACAUUUUGAGUUCUGGUGAAAUUGCUAACCUUUUUGCUAAAGAUGAGCUUGAUGAAAUGUAUAGCGAGCUAAUUCCAGUUAUGAAAAAACACCAACCUCGUCGACCAGCUACGCAAGACAAUCUGUAUGACUUUUUUAUUUCUCGUGCCCGCUAUAAUCUUCAUAUAGCUCUCUGCUUUUCUCCAGUUGGAGAGAAAUUUCGAAUGCGAUCAUUAAAGUUUCCCGGCCUUAUAUCCGGUUGUGUUAUAGACUGGUUUCAAAAAUGGCCGGAAGAUGCUCGUAUCGCAGUAUCGCGCCAUUAUCUGACUGAUUAUCAAAUUGUGUGUAGUGAAAAAGUUAAGGAUCAGGUUAUUGACAUCAUGAGUUGGAUACAUGAAUCAGUACAAGAAACUUGUUUAAGUUAUUACGAUCGGUUUCGGAGAGUUACAUUUGUGACGCCAAAGUCAUUAAUAUCAUUUCUAGAAAGUUAUAAGUUAUUAUAUAAAGACAAACAGGAUCAUAUUGUUAUAAUGUCAGAGCGAAUGAGUUCUGGAUUGGAUAAACUUGAUGAAGCAGGUGCAUCUGUUGCUAUUCUUAAAAAAGAUUUGAUUGAAAUGAACAAGGUUAUUGCUCUUGCAAGUGAAGAAGCAGAAGACGUUUUGGCCACCGUUGAACAAUCCAAAGCUGCAGCUGAAAUAGUAAAAGUGGAAGUGGCCGAAAAAAAGGGCCAAGCGGAAGUUCUUGUAAAAAACAUUUCAGCAGUAAAACAUGUGGCCGAAGCUAAAUUAGAAAAAGCUCUUCCGGCAUUGGAGGAAGCAGAAGCUGCUCUUAAAACUAUUAAAGCGGCUGAUAUUGCCACUGUCAGAAAAUUGGGAAAACCCCCUUAUCUUAUAACGUUAAUAAUGGACUGUGUGUGUAUUUUAUUUAGAAGAAAAGUAAAACCUAUUCGACCUGAUACGGAAAAAGCUUUUAUACAAAGUUCUUGGGACGAAUCCCUUAAAGUUAUGUCUGAUACAAGUUUUUUGAGAAAAAUAGUAGAGUACCCUACUGAUUUAAUUAACGCCGAAAUGGUCGAUAUGAUGGUGCCCUAUUUUCAGUAUCCGCAAUACACAUUUGAGGCAGCCAAAGUGGCUUGUGGAAAUGUAGCUGGACUUUUAUCUUGGACCAUGGCUAUGUCAAAGUACUUUGAAGUUAACAAGGAAGUACUGCCCUUAAAGGCAAAUCUUGCUGUGCAAGAGGCUAAAUAUCAAAAAGCUUCAAGUGAUCUACAAGAAGCAGAAGAACUACUGCAACAAAAAGAAAACGAGUUGGCUGAGGUUCAACAAACACUGGAGGAUGCCGUAUCAAAAAAGGACGCCGUAUUAGACGAGGCCAAAAAGUGCCAGGACAAAAUGGAUGCGGCAACCGCUCUUAUUGGUGGUUUAGCUGGGGAAAAAAUCCGAUGGACUGAACAAAUAGCAUCAUUUAAAAGUGAGACCGACCGAUUGGUCGGAGAUGUUAUUCUCCUGACAGCAUUUUUAUCUUAUACGGGACCAUUUAAUCAAGAAUUUCGAAGUGAUCUUCAAAGUAUUUGGACUAAACAAAUAAUUGAAAAAAUGAUACCCAUUUCUGCCAAUGUUAAUAUCAUUGAAAGUCUAACGGAUCGUUCACAAAUUGGUGAGUGGAACAUUCAGGGGCUACCAACAGAUGAACUGUCAAUCCAAAAUGGAAUAAUAUCUACAAAGGCUAUGAGAUUUCCACUUCUUAUAGAUCCACAAUCGCAGGGAAAAGUGUGGAUUAAAAACAAAGAAAAACAGAACAAAGUGAUUGUAACCACAUUAAACCACAAGUAUUUUAGAAAUCAUUUGGAAGAUUCAGUUAGCAUGGGAAUUCCGAUUAUAAUCGAAGAUGUUGCAGAGGAGUUAGAUCCUUGCUUGGACAACCUUUUGGACCGAAACCUUUUAAAAGUUGGUACCCAAUAUAAAAUAAAAAUUGGUGAUAAAGAAGUGGAUUGGAAUCCCGCAUUUAGGUGUUAUAUUACAACAAAGCUACCCAAUCCUGCCUAUACACCUGAAAUAUUUGCGCGUACUUCCAUUAUUGAUUUUACUGUGACAAUGCGUGGCUUAGAAGAUCAAUUAUUAGGUAGAGUUAUUCUUGCGGAAAGGAAAGAAUUAGAAGAUGAACGGGUUCAGUUGGUUGAGACUGUGACUGGAAACAUGAAAAAAAUGAAAGAACUUGAAGCUAACUUGCUUCAGAAGUUGUCCACUACGAAAGGAAGUUUGUUAGACGACGUUACAGUGAUUGAGGUUUUAAACACCAGUAAGAAUACUGCCAUUGAAGUUAAGGAAAAAAUUGAAAUUGCUAAAGUAACAGAAGCAAAAAUAAACGCUGCCCGUGAAGAAUAUCGCGUUGUUGCUACAAGAGGUAGUGUAUUAUAUUUCCUAGUUUGUAGUAUGGCAAGAGUUAACAAUAUGUAUCAAACUUCAUUAGUACAGUUCCUUGAGCGCUUUGAUGCGUCUAUGUAUAAUUCAUCAAAAACGCAUAUAACACAAAAACGCAUUAAACGAAUUAUAAAUUAUUUAACAUUCGAAAUAUAUCGCUACAAAUCUAGAGGAUUAUAUGAAAAGGACAAGUUUUUAUUUGUUCUUUUGAUGGCACUAAGUAUUGAUCGCCAGCUUGAGUUAAUUACCUUUGAUGAGUUUCAGGUAUUUAUAAAAGGCGGUGCGGCAUUAAAUCUCAAUGACUGCCCUCCUGUUCCGUUUCGGUGGACCACGGAUGAAACGUGGUUGAAUUUAGUACAACUGACUAAUCUAACUCCAUUUGUCAACAUAUUAAGUAAAGUUAGUGGCAAUGAACGGGCUUGGUUUACGUGGUAUAAAAAGGAUGCUCCCGAGAAUGAAAUUAUACCGGAUGGAUAUAAUUCAUUAGAUCCAUUUCGAAAAAUGUUGCUUGUUCGUUCGUGGUGUAUGGAUCGAACUAUUUCACAGUGCCGAAAAUAUAUUGCUAAUUCAUUGGGAGAUCGUUUUGCCGAGCCAGUAGUACUAAACUUUGAAGAGUUAUUGUUAGAAAGCCGGGAACUUAUGCCAAUGAUUUGUUUCUUAUCUCUUGGGUCUGAUCCGUCAUCAAAUAUUGAACUACUCGCCAAAAAAAAUGAGCUUAAGUGUCAUCCUAUUUCUAUGGGCCAAGGUCAAGAAAUUCAUGCUCGAAAGCUUAUAUUAUCCUGCCUAGAAGACGGAGGAUGGGUGUUAUUGCAAAACUGUCACUUAGGAUUAGAAUACAUGGUAGAGCUUACAGUCCAAAUUUUAGAGCUUGAGCGACAGGGAAAAGAUGCAGCCGUCAACCCAAAUUUUCGAAUAUGGAUCACAACAGAGCCGCACCCCAAAUUUCCAAUAACUUUGCUUCAAAUGUGCCUAAAAUAUACUAAUGAACCACCUGCUGGAAUACGUGCUGGACUAAAAAGGACAUAUACCAACUUAUCCCAAGAUUUUUUGGACUAUUCGCAAUCUCCAUUUUACUUGCCUUUGGUUUAUUCCAUAUCAUUCCUUCAUACAGUAGUGCAAGAAAGGCGAAAGUUUGGACCUCUAGGUUGGAAUAUACCCUAUGAAUUUAAUUCAUCCGACUGGUAUGCAAGUUGUUUAUUUGUUCAAAAUCAUUUGGAUGACAUAGAGCAAGGAAAGGGAAUAAGCUGGGUGACUGUGCGUUACAUGCUUGGGGAAGUCCAAUAUGGAGGUCGCGUUACUGAUGACUAUGACAAACGUUUACUUAAUACAUUUACAAGAGUAUGGUUUCACGAUACACUUUUCGAAGACUGUUUUCAAUUCUUUAAGGGAUAUAAAGUAUACAGUUUUAAGGAGCAGGAAGCUUAUUUGGCAGCUAUUGAUGACAUGGCAAACGUAGACCCACCUCAAGUGUAUGGAUUUCAUUCUAAUGCUGAAAUUACGUAUCAAACCAAUACCAUGAGAAAUAUUUUGGAUGAAAUUAUGUCCAUUCAACCUAAAGAAUCGUCCGCCGGUACCGGGGAAUCUCGAGAAGACCGAGUUGCACGUCAAGUAAAGGAAAUGCUAAGCAAAACGCCUUUGGCUUUUGAUCUGUUCGAUGUAAAACAGCAUCUAAUUGCAAUGGGAGCCACGAGCUCGAUGAAUAUUUUUCUUCGUCAAGAAAUUGACAGAAUGCAGAGGAUUAUAAUUUUAGUACGGAGCAUUUUCAAGGACCUGCUUCUUGCCGUUGAAGGUACUAUUAUCAUGAGUGAAAAUCUACGAGAUGCUUUGGACAAUAUAUUUAAUGCACGGGUGCCGACAGUGUUUAAGAGAGGUAGUUGGGUGUCCUCCAGCUUAGGUUUUUGGUUCACUGAACUCCUCGAGCGUCACACUCAAUUUUACAAUUGGUGUUUUGGAGCACGUCCUGUAGUCUUUUGGAUGUCUGGAUUUUUUAAUCCACAAGGAUUUCUGACUGCAAUGCGACAAGAGGUAGCUCGUGCUCAUCAAGGCUGGGCUCUCGACCAAGUGACAAUGCAUAACGACGUUCUUAAAGUUGGACCUGAGGAAUGUAAAAAGCCACCAAAAGAAGGUGUCUUUGUAUACGGUUUAUUCGUAGAUGGUGCUGGUUGGGAUAAGCGGACAUCUCGAUUAGUAGAGGCAACAAAUAAGGUUCUUUUUACUUUAAUGCCAGUAAUUCAUAUUUAUGCAAUAUUCUCAACGGCUGCCAAAAAUUCGAAAUUAUACACUUGUCCUGUUUAUAAAAAAAUUAAUAGAACAGAUUUAAAUUACAUUUGUGCUCUAUGGCUGCAGUCAAAUAAGCAUCCUGACCACUGGACUUUAAGGGGUGUUGCACUUUUAUGUGAUGUUAAAUAA